AUCUGUUUUCACUUGUAGGAGACAAGCCUAAUACAAUAUUAACUUAUAAACAAAACCUCUUCCGUUGAUAAAAAACAAAAAGUUACUAAAAAACAACUAGCUUUAUGUCACACUUGACAAAUUACAUGUAUUCACGAGGCCAUGUAAAAAUUAUGCAAUAAAAAAUGUCCGCAAUGAAAAUCCAUCAAACCCUCUCCAACUUCGGUGUGCGGAAAGUGGGAAUCACACUGUCUCAAGGACAUUAUCAGGCCAAUUACAAUAGCCAUUCCUCUAAUAGAGGAAAUAUAGAUGUCCAUAGAGUAUUCAGGAGGAGUUACACUUUGCCACCAGCGGGAUCUGGUGCAGGUAGAGGGGGAGGCGCAGGAGGUUCUGUCAGAGAAUCUGGUGGGGCUUUAGGCCAAUACGGUGCCGCCCACGAAGAAGAAUACUUCUUUAACAAGCGUAAAGAACAACUGGAGAAACUCAAAUCGAAGAUGAAGAAAGAGGAUAAAUCACCAGAUAUAAAACGCAAAGAAGACAAAUAG